AUGUCCCACAAUACAUCCCAAGGCUCCGGCGAUCUCGAAAAUCAAAAGACUUCCGAUACAACGCAUGUUCCUUUCAACACGAACGACGAGAGUCUUCAUGACAACCCUGCCUUCCACCGACACGCUGAAGCGACGACAGCGGAGCUGUUCUACGAUCUGUUCUUUGUAGCUAACUUGACAACGUUCACAUCCGGUCUCGAAAUCAACGACCACAAUUCGCUCACUGCAUACGUUGGAUUUUUCUCCCUUCUCUGGUUGACGUGGUAUCAAGUCUCCCUUUACGAUGUCCGCUUCAGCGCCGACUCCGUGUUCGAACGCUGUGCCAAAGCUAUUCAUUUCGGCACGAUGGUAGGCUUCGCUGUCAUCGGCCCGCAGUGGAAGCCCGGACAAAAAAUCGAUGACUACAAAAUCUACAAAGCCUUUGGUCUCAUUCUCCUCGUAUCCCGUCUCACGCUCGUCUGCCAGUAUGGGGUUACCCUCUUCUACACCAAGAAGUACACCAAGACUCGCAUCCCACUGCUCCUUGUUAUGGGCUCUUCCCUCAUCGCAGCCAUCCUUUACGGCGCCCUGACACCCGCGUUCCCAAACCCCGUAUACCCAGAAAAGGUCAAGACCAAUGUCUACAUUGCCUGGUAUAUCAUCGGCAUCUGCGAAGUCCUGCUCACCGUCUCCGUAUCUUGCAUCUGGCGCGUGAUCUCCUUCAAAGGCACACACAUGGUCCAGCGCAUGUCACUGCUCACCCUCAUCAUCCUCGGUGAAGGCAUCAUUGUCAUCUGCAAAUCCAUCUCCAAGAUUGUGAAAAACGAGUUCCUCUGGACGGCUGCCGUCGUUGGACAAAUUAUCUCCGCGGUCCUGAUUAUUUACUUCUUGUACAUGCUGUACUUUGACCGCAUGCAAGAAGACCAUUUCGGAAGCAUUAAGCAGCAGAUUUGGUCGGUCCUGCAUUUCCCACUGCACACGGUUCUUGUGCUUGUCCUCCAAGGUAUCUCGCUCCUCAUUAUCUGGGUCCAGGCCAUUGAUGCAUUCAACGUCCUUGGCAGCGAUUUCCAGUACGUCAACAACCAAAUGGGCAACUACACUGAUGGCGCUGAAUUCGCAACCGCACUGAAUGCAACCGCUUACAACAAUGUGUUUUACUUUGUCCCCAAGGGGGUUGACGCGACUAAGGAAAUUGAGACCGUAUAUAACUCGCUAUUUGUUAUUGCGGAGGCAUACGAUUUUGUAAUGUCAAGCAAUUGGACGAACACGACUGCGGUGGAUGAGUUGGCGACCGGAUUGAACGAUCUACUAUCUGCCACUAGUAAGACACUGUUUGACAGUCUGAGCGUGACGUUGCCAAAGAAGAAGUACGAGCAGAAGCUAGACUUGGACGGUAUGUUGGCAACAUACGUUGGUAUCUUUGAACUCGUGUUUCAAUACGUUUUCAUCGCUGGCGGCCUCGCACUCAUCCUAACUACCGUCCUGGGCUUCCUCUCUCUCCCCGCGCACCAACGCCGUGGCUCCGAAUACAUCCGCCUCAGCAUCAACUUCUUCGCCGGUGUCGGGGUCUGCAUGAUCAUCCCGCUCGUCGUGCAUUUUGGAGAUAAAGAUGGCAACUAUAUAUCCAGUGCUUGGUUGAUCCCGACGCUAUGUAUUUUGUUUUUCUUGUGUGUUGUGAUCAAUGUUGCAAAGGUUGGAAAGGAGAAGAAGCAUUAG